GAGUGGGUCGCGCCCCCCCCCCGAGGAAGAGGAAGUUCGUCGUCCUCCCCCCCAAGGAAGAGGAAGGUGUGUGUGUCCCCCCAAGGAAGAGGAAGGUCGUCGUCCCCCCCGAGGAAGAGCUCUCGCUGCCCCCACGUCGCCCCAGGGCUGACGCCUGCCUUCUCACGCGCCGGAGAGCUGGCGAGGGAAGAUGGAGGAAGGGAAAGCGUAUUCACCAGACGGGGUGUUUGCUCACCUGGAAAUGCUGGAGACGCGGGCUCAUCAGGCAGCCAUGAAGCAGGAGGAAAGGGAGCAGCAAGAAGAGAAGCUGGCCAGGCUGAAAGCGAGAGUGCAGGAGCUGAGACUCCAGAGGGAUGAGCUGCGGGCUAAGGUGGACCUGCAGCAAAAGGGGCAACUUGGGAAAGAAGGAGUCGCGUUGGAUCCGGCGCAGCCCAGUGCUCGGGCUGUUUUGGAGUGGAAGAUAAAAAGCGUUAAGGCCAUGCUGCAGCUCUUUUACCUCACAGGGAUCAGCGGGAAGCUGACCAAGCGGGGAGUGUGUUUCUGCAUCAGCACGGCUUACGAGGGCACCUACUUGGACUCCUACUACCUGGACCUGCUCACCAAGCCAGAGGUGCAGAUUCACCGCCACUCCAUCCCCAUCUUCAUCCCCCUGGAGCAGAUUGCCAAGAAGUACUUGCAGACGGACAUCAGACGCUUCUUGUCUGUCCUGUCAGACCACCUGAACGCUUACGUGGGGAGGAGGUACCAGGCAGACCAGUUACAGGAACACUUUUCACACCAGAUAGAAGGAACCUUGCAGAGGAACUCCUUGUGUAACUUGUUGGUCUUCAAUUACAACGUGUCAAGUAAAAGCAAGACCUUCCCGUUCAACGUGCGGCUGCUUUACGGCGAUCUCUGUUGCAGCCUCCCCACUGAAGUCGUCGUUUCCUGCGCACCGGACGCUCCCGCCGCGCUCCCAGGGAAUUCCACGGCUGCAGGGAACGUCUGA